GCCGAAUCUCGCCUCGCUGGCAAAGAAAACCAGCUACUUGUACGAUGGUCCGACCGCAAGAUGGUCCGUGAUUUGUGGGAUGGCCCCCUCUUUCCGGCUCCUGCUAGUUCCUUGCGGGUACUCUCAGAGUCCGCCGAGGUCAUUCCUCCUGAAUCAUUCGCCAGGAGGAGCGGAGGGGUUUAUUCUCCGUGCGAAGGCAAUCUUUCUGGCUCCUGCUAGUUCCUUGUGGGUCACCCACCUGUUUUGUGACGGUACUUUGAGUCCGUCGAGGUCAUUCCUCCUGAGUCCUUGGCCAGGAAGUGCGGAUUUUUCACGCGCGUACAUUAUCGGCGUCAGAGGUCACCCUACUAUUGACUAGGUGUAGAGCCUAGUGAGCUCACCCUAGUGACGUGUGGAGCAUCCAUGAGUGGAGCACCGCUCCCCCCCCUGGCCCGCUUUUUUGGAAUCAUGCAGCGCGGUCCGGCGGCAAGAAUGGCCGUGAUUUGUGGAAUUUCCUCCUCUUUCUGGCUCGAGCUAGUUUCUUCCGGCGACUCACAGAUACCGAGGUAGGUCCAACAGAGGUCGGUCCAACGGAGGUCGGUCCAACGAAGGUUGGUCCCACGGAGUCACGCAUACUCCACUCUGCCUCGGCUUAGAUACUAUCGAGGGGAGAAGCCAACGAUAGCAUGCACCAUAAAGCCGACGGCACAACUUUCGACGAGCGUGCGAUACAAACAGCUUGCCUUCGAGAAAGAAGUUCUUUCCCACUGGGAAUCUCCAAAGCCAGCUUGUCUUUCCUUGUCACUGAUAGACUCUCUUUGCCUUCAAGGUUGGACCGCCUAGAUCACGUCACGGUCUCGCAGCUCGGCUCCCUCGGACCGCCGAUCGACAAUGCUGAUGCGUCCAGGCAAAUCAAGUCGGCUCGGCGGUUUCGCAUGGCUUCUGGCUGUCGCCGCGACGGCCGUGGUCGUUGCUCUCCUGGGACUCAUGCCGCCCGUGCCGUGCUCUGCACUGCAUCACGUGCAACCGGCAGCGCGAAGGCCGAACACGAGGCAGUACGUCGUGCAUCUGGCGUCCGUGCCGUCAGUGCUGUCGUACCGUGGGGGAGUCAACGGGCUGCAGGGCACAGCGACUGUAGACGAUGGCGAGGACGAGUAUGACGAGGAUGACGGGGCGGAUGAUGGGGCGGAUGAUGGGGCCGAUGCUGGUGGUGGUGGUGGGAGUGGUGGUGAUGAGAGUGGUGGGAAUGGUGGCAAUGGCACUGCACCAGGAUCAGCCGCAGCACUAGCACCAGCAGCACCAGGAUCAGCACCAGCACCAGCAGCAGCAGGAUCAGCACCAGCACCAGCAGCAGCAGGAUCAGCACCAGCACCAGCAGCACCAGGAUCAGCACCAGCACCAGCAGCACCAGGAUCAGCACCAGCACCAGCAGCACCAGGAUCAGCACCAGCACCAGCAGCACCAGGAUCAGCACCAGCACCAGCAGCAGCAGGAUCAGCACCAGCACCAGCAGCACCAGGAUCAGCACCAGCACCAGCAGCACCAGGAUCAGCACCAGCACCAGCAGCACCAGGAUCAGCACCAGCACCAGCAGCACCAGGAUCAGCACCAGCACCAGCAGCACCAGGAUCAGCACCAGCACCAGCAGCACCAGGAUCAGCACCAGCACCAGCAGCACCAGGAUCAGCACCAGCACCAGCAGCACCAGGAUCAGCACCAGCACCAGCAGCACCAGGAUCAGCACCAGCACCAGCAGCACCAGGAUCAGCACCAGCACCAGCAGCACCAGGAUCAGCACCAGCACCAGCAGCAGCAGGACCAGAAGCAGCAGCAGCAGUGGCGGCAGCAGAAACAGAAACAAAUCUGUUGUCGGGGUCAGGGCCAGAAUCAGACGAGGAUGCCUUCGAUGCCGUUAUUCAGUCCGCCGCUGAGGCUGCUGCAGAAGAAGCAAUGCACAUAGGAGGGAUGGUUACAGGUGCAGGAGCAGCAGCAGGGGUGCAAGGAAGAGGACUGGGGGAAGGAGGAGUGAGGAUGAGCGCACUGCCGUUUGGAAGAGGUGGGUUGGAUGCGCUGGUGGGGAGGGUGAGGCGUCGCCUGGGCAAGCUCAGAUCGAGCUCUGCUGGCGUGGGGCCGCGCCUGCUGGCCCGCGUUGCUGCUGCUGCAGUGGCUGCUGCAGCAGAGGAAGCAGCUGGAGCAGCUGCCGCUGGUGCUGCUGCUGAUUUCCAUACCUCUUCCUUCAAUGCGUUGUACCCUUCUGCUACCUCCGCGGAUUUCAGCGCCAUUGGUAACAUGACACGUGGCAGGAGAGCUGCAGGAGACAGGGAACCUCUGGCAGCAGGGGCCAUGUCACCCGCGCUGACAGUGCAGCAGCUGAGUGCGCGAGCUGCUCGCAUCAUGCGCACCACGCCCUGGGGCCGACUCAUGCGACCCGACGUGCGGUUACCACACGUGCAGGCCUUCACUCGCUUCCUGGAAGCUUCCCACCGCAGCCUGCUGCGGUCUCUAGGGAUCCCAACCUCCGCCAUCUUCCACAGCUACACCUAUCUGCUGAACAGCUUUGCAGCGCAGCUCACCCCUGCUGAGGCGAGGCGGCUGAAGUGGCACCCGGCAGUGGCGGACGUGGAGAGAGAGAGGACAGUGCGGGUGAACAUGGUGCACUCGCCUGAAUUUCUCAAGCUCGACUCGAGCCUGUGGCCUGCGAAUGGCGGGCAGAGCAGCGCUGGGGAGGGGGUGAUUAUCGGGGUGAUUGACUCGGGCAUCUGGCCGGAACACCCCUCCUUCUCUGACCCUGACCCAAGCGGAGCAGCUUAUUCCGCUGUCCCUUCGCGCUGGAGGGGCGUGUGCACCAAGACAGCUGACUACAGCGCGUGCAACGACAAGGUGAUCGGGACGAGGUACUUUGUGAAGGGCGCCGAGAAGGAGUUUGGCAAGCUGGAUGAGACGGAAGACUACCGGUCGGCACGCGACAAACUGGAACACGGCACGUGGUGUGCGGGAGCCGCUGCGGGCAAUUCUGGAGUCACUGUUACCAUGGGAGGCCGGACCUAUGGCACAGCAUCGGGCAUGGCGCCACGCGCCAGGCUGGCAGUGUACAAGGCGCUGUGGGUCAUCGGGGGGAAUGAGGGGGUGGGGGUGACUUCCGACCUGAUAAAAGCUGCUGAAAAGGCGGUUGCUGAUGGCGUGGACGUCAUCUCGUGCUCGUGGGGGGGCCUCGCCUUGUACUUCCAAGAUCUUCCGUACCUGCGAGGACUUAAGGCCGGAGUGGUGACAGCCUUUGCAGCAGGCAACGAGGGUCGGCCUGACCCCAUGCGCAUGUGGGGCACCCUUGCAAACGUCUCUCCCUUCUACCUCACCGUGGGAGCCAGCACCAUGGGGCGGGAAUACAGGGCUGUACUAACCCUGGGCGACGGAACCACCUUCUCGGGUCGCAGUCUGGGCGGCAGCAGUGACACGGCGGCAGCUCUCCCCUUGGUGCUGGGUGAAUCCGCUUUGCCUCCAAAUGGGUUAGAAAGCGAGGGCAAGGAAUGCCAACCGUUUGCCAUCGACCCGGCCCUAGUGGCGGGCAAGUUCCUGGUGUGCACCGUCUUGGAGCUCCCCCUCGACCUCCUGCAGGAGGACGCGGACAAGCAUGGGGCGGCUGCUAUACUCGUUAUAAGCGGGAGCCCUAGUACUGACAUGCAGCAUAUCAUACCCUUCACCAAGACCCCCAGCAUCUUCAUCAAAUACGCGCCUGGGAGGGCCAUCAGGAGCUACAUCACCGCUCAAAGCAGCCCCUCCGCCACCCUAUCCCCCUUCACCGCGUCCUACUCCACCAAUGCGCCCCAGGUGGCCUACUUCUCAUCCGCCGGCCCCCCCCGCAGCCCCUUCUACUGGCCCCCGCUCCUGAUCCGCGACUUCCCCACCAAUGACAUCCUGAAACCCGACGUCAUGGGCCCGGGGUUCCAACUAUGGGCCGCGGCUCCGGGUAAAUCGGUCGAUACUGCUAAGACUGACGAUCCUAAUUUCAACUACUGGUCCGGGACGUCCAUGGCGACGCCGCAUUUGGCGGGGAUCAUGGCGCUGAUCGUGCAGAAGAAGCCGAGCUGGUCGCCCGCGCAGGUGAUAUCCGCCAUCACCACAACGGCUUAUACGAAAAAUCAAAACGGGCAGCCGAUUCAGCGGGCAGAUGAAACAAACGCGAGCGCGUGGGACUACGGAGGCGGGCACGUGGAUCCCACGCGCGUGUUGGACCCCGGGCUCACGUUUCACGCUGCACAUCGAGAUUAUGUAAAUUUUCUUAUGGGGAGGGAUCCGCUAAGAGCGACGAAGCGGUUUUGGCGAAAGGUGAAACACCCAGUUUUUCCAUGGAACCUGAAUCGUGCGUCCAUAGCGGUGACCCGGUUACGCGGCGUUGCGGUAGUGCACAGACGCGUUAAGAACGUCUACCAUAAGAAGUCUACAUAUAAAGCGAAAGUGGAGACUCCACAGGGAUUUGUGGUGAAAGUUUCGCCUAAGAAGUUCACUAUUCUGCCUGGAAAAUCCAAGGUGUUUAGGGUGACCAUUAUGGGCUUUCCUAGUUUCUUUUCUUCGAGAAAGUUCAGGUUUGGUACAAUCUUAUGGAGAGACCAAUAUGGACACUCUAUUCCGGUGCGCUUGGUGGUCAGGUCUUGCUUUAUUUUAUGUACAGUGUCAUGAAUUCUGUUUUGUUCUAUAUGAUCUUAUCAAGUACUGGUGUGGUGUAGUGUCUAUUGUUAAAUUAUACAUUUGAGAUAUAUAUUACA